AUGGAUAGCGAAAAUCGAGUAAUAUUAAAUGUUGGUGGAAUCAGACAUGAAACUUAUACUCAUGUGCUUAAAAAAAUUCCAGCUACAAGGCUAUCCAGGUUAACUCCAAAUUUGGCCAACUAUGAUCCAGUGUUAAACGAAUAUUUCUUCGAUCGGCAUCCUGGAGUUUUUUCUAUGAUUCUCAAUUAUUAUAGAACAGGCAAACUCCAUUAUCCAACAAAUGUCUGUGGCCCUCUAUUCGAAGAAGAACUUGAGUUUUGGGGCUUGGAUGCAAAUCAAGUUGAACCAUGUUGUUGGAUGACUUAUACACAGCACAGAGAUACACAAGAAACAUUGGCAGUAAUCGAAGGUCUCGAUUUAGACGUUGAUCCGCCGAGUCAAGAAGAAAUAGCUAAAAAAUUUGGCUGGGAAGAAGAUUAUUAUUCGGGAUCAUUAUCAAAAUGGCAGCGAUUAAAGCCAAAGAUUUGGGCGCUAUUUGAUGAGCCAUGGUCGUCAAAAUAUGCAAAAGUGGUAUCAUGUUGUUCAGUGUUUUUUGUUAUUGCUAGUAUCAUUUCGUUUGUCCUCAAGACUCAUCCAGCUUUUCAAAUUCCUUCUAUUACUGUAUACGAUGUUCGCCUAGAUGAUAGCGAUUAUCAUCGAUAUAGUCAUAUGAUCACCACUUUUAAACAAUAUACCACAUCCCAUCCAUUCUUCUUCUAUAUCGAUCUUAUAUGCAAUGUUUAUUUCACUGCGGAAUUACUGGCAAGAAUGAUAUUUGCUCCCUCACUUAAUCGUUUCAUACGAUCACCUAUAACAUUAAUUGAUUUGGCAGCGACAGCAUCAUUUUACUUGGAUUGGUUAACAAUAACUUUCGUCGAACCAGAAGAAAGUAUGGAUUCAGUGGACUUUUUAUCAAUUUUCUGUGUUCUUAGAUUAUUUAAAUUGACACAACACUUCAGUGGCCUUAAAAUUCUCAUACAAACAUUUAAAGCAUCAGCGCAAGAAUUGUUAUUGCUCGUCUUUUUCGUUAUUCUUGCUAUCGUGAUUUUUGCCGCAUUAGUUUAUUAUGCAGAAAGAAUUGAAAGAAAUCCGCAUAAUCAAUUUACUUCGAUUCCAGCUGGUCUUUGGUGGGCUAUAAUAACAAUGUGUACUAUUGGCUUUGGUGACAUGGUUCCAAAGACUUAUUUAGGCAUGCUAGUUGGUUCAUUAUGUGCGCUAAUGGGUGUGCUCACAAUUGCAUUGCCAGUUCCAGUAAUCGUGGCAAAUUUCUCAAAUCUUUAUUCACAUUCGCAAAUUUAUAAAGCGUAA